GGGCGCUUCCGGCGGCAGUGGAGGCCUGCGCUGUGGGGGUGGGCGUGGAGUAGCCCCACCGUCUCUGGGUUCCCUGGUGUGGCUGGUCGGCUUGGUUUGGUGUGCCGUGGAGGCACAGGCCCGACGGCGUUGAGGGCAUUGAGUACACAUUGUGCAACCAUCACCACCAUCUGUCUUCAGAACUUUUUCAUUGUACUAAACUGAAACUACCCGCUAAGUGAUAACUCCCUACUCCCUGCUCCGCCAGUCCCUGCCAACAACCAUUCUACUUUCUAUCUGGGAAUUUGACUAUCUAGGAACCUCAUGUACACCGCCUGCUUUCCUCUCUCCACAGUGGCCUCACACCUGAAACAUGGCUACGGAUUGGCUGGGCAGCAUUGUGUCCAUCAAUUGUGGGGAUAGCUUGGGUGUCUACCAGGGCAGAGUGUCAGCAGUGGACCAGGUCAGCCAGACCAUUUCUCUCAUCCGGCCUUUCCACAAUGGAGUGAAGUGCCUUGUGCCAGAAGUCACCUUCAGGGCAGGUGACAUUACGGAAUUAAAAAUUCUGGAGAUCCCAGGUCCUGGAGAAAACCAGCAUUUUGGAGACCUUCAUCAGACAGAAUUAGGACCCUCUGGUGUUGGGUACCAAGUGGGUAUCAAUCAGAAUGGCAUGGGCAGGUUGGUCAGGAAGCCAGCCUCCUCCAGCAGUGCCCCUCAGAGCAUCCCUAAGAGGAUAGAUGUGAAGAGCCAAGAGGCUGCAAUCUCCCCCCAGCAGCAGUGCUCCAAGAGCUAUGUGGACAGGCACGUGGAGCCCCUGAGCCAGUCCAAAAGUUUCCGUCGUCGGCACAACUCUUGGUCAUCUAGUAGCAGGCACCCAAAUCAGGCAACUCCAAAGAAAAGUGGUUUAAAAAAUGGCCAGAUGAAGAAUAAAGAUGACGAGUGCUUCGGGGAUGACAUUGAAGAGAUCCCAGACACGGAUUUUGAUUUUGAAGGGAACCUGGCCCUUUUUGACAAGGCAGCCGUGUUUGAGGAGAUUGAUACGUAUGAGAGGAGAAGUGGCACCCGUUCCCGGGGCAUCCCAAAUGAAAGGCCUGCUCGGUACCGCCAUGAUGAGAAUAUCCUGGAGUCAGAGCCCAUUGUGUACCGACGGAUCACAGUGCCUCACAGUGUGAGCAAGGAGUUCUGCACAGACUCCGGCCUGGUGGUCCCAAGUGUUUCCUACGAGCUGCAUAAGAAGCUGUUGUCGGUGGCUGAAAAGCACGGGUUGACUCUGGAGCGGAGACUGGAGAUGACGGGCGUGUGUGCCAGUCAGAUGGCACUGACCCUGCUUGGAGGACCCAACAGGUUGAAUCCCAAAAAUGUCCACCAGAGGCCUACAGUGGCCCUGCUUUGUGGGCCCCAUGUGAAGGGGGCUCAGGGUAUCAGCUGUGGAAGGCACCUCGCCAACCAUGACGUCCAGGUCAUCCUCUUCCUGCCCAACUUUGUCAAGAUGCUAGAGUCCAUCACCAACGAGCUGUCUCUCUUCAGUAAGACCCAAGGUCAACAAGUGUCUAGCCUCAAAGAUCUACCCACUAGCCCUGUGGACCUGGUGAUCAACUGCCUGGAUUGCCCCGAGAACGCCUUUCUGCGGGAUCAACCCUGGUACAAGGCAGCCGUAGCCUGGGCCAACCAGAACCGGGCACCAGUACUCAGCAUAGAUCCUCCUGUGCAUGAAGUCGAACAGGGCAUCGAUGCCAAGUGGUCACUGGCUCUGGGCCUGCCUCUGCCGCUGGGAGAGCACGCUGGCCGCGUCUACCUGUGUGACAUCGGCAUUCCCCAGCAGGUAUUCCAGGAGGUGGGCAUCAGCUACCACUCACCCUUUGGCUGCAAGUUUGUCAUCCCACUGCACUCUGCCUAGAGGGGCUCUGGGCAGGCUGGACACCAGUCCCCUGCUGCUCUUGACACUGAACUUGACAGCAAACGCCUUAAGGAUGUGAAGCUUCAUGGACCUUGUUAAAUUUUUUCUUUUGGUUUGUUUCUUCUGUGAGAGAGCAGAUCAUAUUUAAAGCUAACCUGUCACCUGCCCUUAACCAGGAAAGGCUUUCCCGCUGGGUGUGCAGGGCGGGUGUCCAGCUGAGUGCGCUGUGACUCCAGGCAUCUCUCUACUCGACUCCCCGCGUGGCCAGGCGGGGCUUUGUUUACAGACAUAGGCAGCUCACAGACUGUGUUUCAGGUUUACAGCCACUGGGCCUGGGCGAGCCCCUGCGGGUGGGAUAGGUCCCGCUUGGGGGCCUGUGCCUGCUCUGUUUCAGAGCUUGUGACUUUGUCUCCCCAGCUCCCCGCCUCCGCGUCCCGAAGCUGGGCAGCCCUUCGCUCUGAUCGCGCACAGAUGGCUGCGCUGCAGCUGUCCGCUAGAGGGCGGACGUGCACUCCCCGUUCCCUGAGAGCUGAAGCCUCCCAGGGCUCCACGAGUUGAUUUCGGGGCUUUUGACCCUUUCUCCUGAGCUGAUCCAAGUUUUGUGCUGGGAUUUUUUCCAAAAGACCUUCCUCUUUUCCACUCCAUCACUCUGAGAGGCAGGGAAAGGGGCGGCAUCAGGACGGUUUUACUAUACUGGGAUUUUAUACGGUUUUUCUCUUGUCUUCAGCACAGGUGGUGUAGAUUAUGUUACUGUAGAACCACAGUGCCCAUCUUGCCAGCAGUGCCCCCCAACCCCAUACCCUCUGUAGCUGGGGGCUGAGUGUUUGCUUAGUCUGGGGCCAGACCCCUCAGGGUGUAGCUUUAAUGUUCAGUAUUAGGGAGGCCCCUGGGGGAGCCUGGUGCUUCUGUCUUCAGCCACCAUUCCCCCACUUCCUUGCCUGCACACAUAGCCCCAUGCUGUUUUGUCCCCUCUGUCCUUCCCAUGCAGUGCUCCUCUAGCUGUCAUCCCAGAGCAGGGUGCAUGCCCCUCCCCUGCCUGGGCUCCACCCCAGCUUAUAGUGUCUGAAUUUGAACCCUUUGAUUGUCCACUCUAGAUGAGGAGGCUUGGUUGGGGCCAGCACCCUAUCUCAGAGAUGCCAAAAUAAGGCUAGUUCUGGAUGAGCUAGCAGUCUGGGCUCAGCCACAGAAACCCUCUGCUGCUCGGAUCACCCCCCCCCGCCCCCCCCCCGCCUGGGCCCUGGGGGCUGGUGGGAUGGGGGCCAUGCCCUGGAGGCCCUGGCAGUGGCUCUGGCAAAAGGCUAGUGCUUUCAAGCCUUUUCCAGGGCUUCAGGCUCCCCUCUGCUCUCUGCCCACCCUUUCUUGUUAAGGGGGUGAGUGGGAAGGCCCACCAAAGAUCGUGUGUACAAGGUGGGUAGGCCCUGGUGCCAUGGGUCUCAGACCGCUUGUCACUUUCCUUAUAGGAGCAUAGCCAGGACAGAUGCAGCAGGGCAGAGGGCUGGUCCCUCCUUCUGGCCUCCCCGCCCUCACAUGUUCAGUUGUCUCUAGCAGCGGGAGGCCGGAGUCUGAGCCCUGUGCUGUGUCCUCCCCGAGCCUCUGCUCACUCAGGGCCAAGCAGCUGCCACGAUGGGCCAUAACCUGAGGAGCAGUUGAGUUCCAGGCAUUGCAGUCGGCAGCCAUUCAGUGGGUUCUGGCUCCCUGACUGGGUACAGUGGGGAACAAGAGAAGAACCCUGGCUCGACUGCUCGCUGUAGUACAUCUAAGUGGCCCUGGGGGUGAUGGCCUUGUUGAGGGGCCACUGGGAGUUUGUGCCCAAGCCUCUCUUUUUUUCUCCCCUGGUGGCGCCGGAGCCUCUUCCUGCCCUCAACCUGGGCCUCCCCGGUGUCAUUAAAGUAUGUUCCCUCCAUCUUGGGUCUUUUCAGAGGCAUCCUGCCCAGUGCCCAGUCCCCAAGGGGCCCCAGUUGGGUGGUCAAGACUAUCACUUAUGCAGUUCUUGGGGAACCCAAACCAGCACUGAAAUAAAGCUGAAUGAUGGA